AUGUUGCCAAUGAGGUACGGUUCGGUUAUUAGAUGGGGAGCGACGGUACGUUAUUUUACCACGAAAAGUGUCCCAAAAACAGAGGUCAAAUAUACCAGCACUAUCAAUUUACCGAGAACGAAGUUUCCGGCCCGAUUGAGUGUGGAAAAACGAGCCGAAGUUGAGGAACAGCUGCGCAAGAACUGUUUGAGUGAACUGUACAGCUGGAAUCGGGCCGCUCUGCCCGCGGAGAACGAAUUCAUCCUGCACGAUGGACCACCAUACGCCAACGGCGAUCUGCACAUGGGUCAUGCGGUGAACAAAAUCUUGAAGGAUCUUAUACUAAAGCAUAAAAUUAUCAGCGGUACACGAGUGCACUAUAUCCCGGGUUGGGAUUGUCAUGGAUUGCCAAUAGAAUUGAAAGCAAUGGAAUCAUUCAAUCGCAAGAAGCGUAAAGUUGCGGACAAAGGUCACAAAACGGCCUAUGAAAUUCGUAAUACUGCACGCAGAUUUGCUUUGGAAACAAUCGCAAAACAGAAAAAUGGAUUCGAAUCCUGGGGCGUGACGGGGGCCUGGAAUGCCGAUCACGGAUACUAUCGAUCGCUGGAUCCAUCUUAUAUUAGCGCACAACUGCGGUUGUUUAACGAGUUGUACGAAGCAAAGCUUAUUUAUCGCGAUUUAAAACCCGUCUACUGGUCUCCCUCAUCACAGUCAGCUUUAGCAGAGGCAGAACUAGAGUACGAUGAGACACAUCAAAGCCCAUCGUUGUACUUAAAACUAGCUUUAGAAAAUGAUUGUGCUAGUUGUCCUACCAUAGAGCAGCACCGACUUGCAGGUAAACAAGUGUACGCUGUGGUAUGGACUACCACUCCCUGGACUUUACCAGCCAAUCAGGCAGUGUGCUACAAUCCAGCGCUGGACUACAGCUUAGUGCAAUCGUCAGCUGGUGAGAUAUUGCUAGUUGGAAAAGACUUGAUAGAUUACUUAGGUGCACAGUUGGAAAUUUCACUUUCGGUGCUUCAAACCAUACCGGGGACAGAGCUGCAAUCUUUGAAAUACCAUCAUCCAUUGCACCAGCAGAGAAUAUUGCCAUUUUUACCAGCAUCGCAUGUCAAAGCGGAAAAAGGAACCGGUCUGGUACACACUGCUCCAGCUCAUGGACCUGAAGAUUUUCUAGUAUGCCUUGAGAAACAAAUAACCAUUGAGAAUCUCAUCGACGAAAGUGGUUGCUACAAUAAACGUGCACCUAAGUUUCUGCAGGGGAAAUAUGCUCUUACCGAGGGAAACAAAUUGGUGACAGAGGCGUUAACAGAUGCAAUCUUGAAACUGAGCACUAUUGUACACUCUUACCCUAUCGAUUGGCGCACAAAGCAACCGGUUAUGUUACGUGCCAGCGAUCAGUGGUUCAUCGAUACAAAUCGACUGAAGCAACGGGCUUUGGAAGAGAUUAAUAUGGUCGAAAUCUAUCCUCCCACUUCCUCGGAAGUAAGCAAAAAAGUGAUUGAAGGACAGCUUAGAAAACGACCAUAUUGGUGUAUUUCGCGUCAGCGUGCAUGGGGCGUACCGAUUCCAGUGUUAUAUGAUACCGUAACAAAGGAACCGAUUGUAAGCAAAUCGUUGCUUGCUCUUAUUGAAGAUCGUCUGAAAAAAGAGUCUACGAUAGAUUUCUGGUGGACUGCUUCUGUGGAAGAGCUGGUGCCGAUGGAACUUCUGGCACAAAUCGGUACAAGCCACGACAGGUUAGAAAAAGGGACGGACAUUCUUGAUAUAUGGUUCGAUUCCGGGGUAUCGUGGUUGUCAGUGUUAGGCCAAGAUCGUGUUGCAGACUUAUAUCUCGAAGGUGUAGAUCAGUUCACCGGUUGGUUCCAAUCAUCUCUGCUUACCAGCGUGGCCGCUCGUGGGAAAGCUCCGUACAAAGCCAUUUUUGUUCACGGAUUCGCUGUAGAUGAAAAUGGUAUGAAAAUGUCCAAAUCACUUGGCAAUGUAAUUUGUCCGAAGCAAAUUGCCCAGCAGUACGGUUGCGAUGCAUUGCGCUGGUGGGUUUGUGCACACGCCACUCAAAAUACGUCCAUUCCUGUAAGCCACAAGCUGCUUGGCACGUCUGCCGAGAAUAUACAAAAGCUGCGGGGUAUAUUGAAAUUUUUGCUCGGAGUAGUAGCACCGGAUGGUGCGUAUGGAAGGAUACAAGAAACCGUACAGCAGGAAAUGCUGCAUCACGUAGACCAUUUCUAUUUACAACAAUUGCAAGUUUUUCAUCGAAACGUGUUUGAAUUGUACGAUGCGUACCAGCAUAACAAAUCGACAGCAAUAAUUCUCAACUUCUGUCAUUCUACACUGUCUGGGUUAUAUCUGCAUGUGAUUAAGGAUCGACUGUACUGUGGCACAGCAGAAGAACACAAUAGUCUGAAAGCGAUUCUCGAUUAUACUUACCGGGUUCUAUCCAAAGUACUAUGGCCGAUCGUUCCAUUUCUGGUAGAAGAAAGUUGGACAUUUUAUGAGAAAGAUCAUUUCUACAAAGCAAAGCUAAACACGACCAAUGUUGCUCUGCCUGCUGCUUCAGAGUCCGUGCACGCAGUUGAGUGUGCUCUCGAUCUGCGUCAUGUUGUUUAUCAGCAGGCACAACUGAACGUGAACACCUGGUUACUGGAAGUCGUGGUAGAAUGUAACGAUACCGAUCUUGCCCUCCUAUCGAUGCUGCAUCCAAGCUUAAAUAAACGUGAAACCACGACAGAACUAUGUGAAUUGCUACAGGUCGGUUCUGUAGCGCUCCGUAAAGCAGCCACCAGUGAAAAUCGAUUUGCAGUAACCGUCGAAAAAUCGGACAACCCGCUAUGUCAGCGCUGUCGUAGAUAUCUAGUUUCGAAGCAGGACGAUAAGACUUUCCCCAUCUGUGCCCGAUGCAGUACAGUAUUGAGGCAACGGUAA